AUGUCACAGGUCGCCUCCCAGAACCGGUUCGCCUACCUUGGCAACGACUCCGAUGGCGAGGAGAAGCCCGUCGUCCCCGUUAAGACCGUCGACAAGGCCACAACCCGCACUACCAAGCGCAAUGUCGAGCCUCAGGCUCCCCAGGCCCCUGUGAGGACUGGCGGCAACCGCCGUGGUGGCCCCGGCGGAAGCGAGGGCGCUUUCCGUGACCGCGCCGCCGGUCGGGAACGCAACCAGGGCCGUUCCACCGAGGAGACCCCUAGAGAUGGUCCUCGUGGUGGCCAGGGUGCUCGCGUCCGUGGAGGACGUGGCGGACGAUUCCCCCGUGAGCGUGACGACAGACAUCCUCACAAGUCCGGUGCCACUACUGGCUCCGAUAAGCAAGCAGCUCAGUCUUGGGGUGCCACCGAAGGCAAUGCCGAGCUUAAGGACGAGCAGGCCGGUGAGGCCAUUGCCGAGUCUGAGAAGAAGGAUGAGCAGCCCGAGGAGGCCGCUGAGCCCGAGGAGCCCGAGGACAAGAGCAUCUCCUACACCGACUACCUCGCCCAGCAGGCCGAGAAGAAGGCCGCCAUCGAGUCUGAGCUUAACAUCCGCACCGCCAACGAGGGUAGCAAGCUCGACAAGAAGUGGGCCAAUGCUAAGCCCCUCGAGAAGGACGAGGAUGUCUACUUUGCCGGCUCCGGUGGCAAGAAGCAGCGCGAGCGUGAGCGCAAGGUGAAGCAGACUGUCGACUUCGAUCCCCGCUUCGUCGAGCCUGAGCGAACCCGAGGCGGUGCCCGUGGUGGCCGCGGUGGUCCUCGUGGAGGCCGUGGCGGCGACCGUGGCGGCGACCGUGGCCGUGGCGGAAACUUCCGCGGUGGACGUGGUGGCCAGGGCGCUUCUAUCAACACCAGCGACCAGUCUGCCUUCCCCAGCCUCGGCGGCAACUAA